UUGGAAUUCAGCGUUCUGUCAGGGCUGUCACCCCUUCAUUUUCUUUUCCCAUCCUAACAAUGAAAUCUGUUAGAGAGAGAGAGAAGAAUUCCUUAUAGGGAUCCAAAUACACCCUUUUUCAGGCUUUCUUGCUACACUCUUCAUUCUAAAUUUCAAUCCCUUCUUUCUCCUCACCCCCCAGGAGGUAUGGGGAAGAUAGAAAAAAAACACACCAAUUCUGCACCACAACAUCAUCAUUUUCUAUCAUCCUUAUCAUCUCUCAUGAUGAUGCCUAUCCUCCUGGUCUUUCUUCUCUUGGCCUUAACCUCCCCUGCUUCUGCUUCCUCUGCUUCCAUUCCCAAAGAUAACUUCCUCAUUGAUUGUGGUGCAGAAAAAGCACCAACCCUCCCUGAUGGAAGACAAUUCAAAACAGACCCACAAGCCAAUUCCUUCUUGCAAGCUAAUGAUGAUUUUAAGGUCUCAGCAGAAGGUGUGGAUGUUCCUUCACCUAUAUAUUCCAAUGCAAGGAUCUUCAUUCAGGAAGCAAAGUACUCCUUCCAUUUGGUUCAGCCAGGUUUUCAUUGGGUUAGGCUUCAUUUUUACCCUAUUAAAAACAAUGUAUUUGAUCUCCAAAAGGCAACUUUCUCUGUGAACACAGAUGCAUUUGUCCUCCUCCACAGCUUCAAUGUGAACAACAAUGAAAAGACAAUAUUGAAAGAGUAUCUCAUCAAUGCAACAGAACCCCAAUUCACAUUAUCCUUCAUUCCUUUGAAAAACUCAGCUGCAUUCAUCAAUGCCAUUGAAGUUGUUUCAGCUCCUGAUAACCUCAUCUUCGACACCGGCGCCGCCCUUUUCCCUGUUGGGGAAUUUUCAGGCCUCACAGGCUAUGCUUUUCAACCAGUUUUCAGGCUCAACAAUGGAGGACCUCUGAUCACCCCAUCAAAUGACACCCUUGGAAGAACAUGGGAAUCUGAUGAGCCUUUCCUCACAAACAAGAAUUUGGCUAAAAAAGCCUCAGUGGCUACCAGUGCCAUUAAAUUCCCAAAAGACACACCAACAAUUUCUCCUCUGAUUGCACCACAAACAGUGUAUGCCUCAGUCACAGAAAUGGGUGAUGCUGGUGUGAACCAGCCAAAUUUCAAUGUCUCAUGGAAAUUUGAUGUGGACACUUCUUUCAGCUACCUUGUUAGGCUCCAUUUCUGUGAUAUUGUGAGCAAAGGGCUUAAUGAGCUCUACUUCAAUGUCUAUGUGAAUGGGAAAAUGGCAAUUAAUAGCUUGGAUUUGUCUGCUAUAAAUGGUGAAUUGUCAACACCAUAUUACAAAGACAUCGUGGUGAAUGCAACAUUGAUGUCUGAGGGGCUAACAGUUCAGGUUGGUCCUGCAAAUGCUGAUGGCGGAAAUGCCAAUGCUAUUCUGAAUGGUGUUGAGGUUUUGAAGAUAAGCAACUCUGUGAACAGUUUGGAUGGAGAAUUUGGUGUUGAUGGAAGAAAAGCCAGUGGCUCUAACCGCGGGACGGUUGCAGCGGUUGGAUUCGCCAUGAUGUUUGGAGCCUUUGUUGGUCUUGGAGCCAUGGUGAUCAAGUGGCACAAGAGGCCACAAGAUUGGCAAAAGAGAAACAGCUUCUCUUCAUGGUUGCUUCCUCUACAUGCUGGUGACACAAGCUUCAUGAGCAGCAAGACCUCAAUGGGGAAAAGCAACAUCUACUCCUCAUCAAUGGGGUUAGGAAGGCUUUUCUCCUUUGCAGAAAUCACAGAAGCAACAAAGAAUUUUGACUCCAAGAACAUCAUCGGUGUUGGUGGGUUUGGUAAUGUGUAUUUGGGUGUGAUUGAUGAGGGGACUCAAGUGGCAGUGAAAAGAGGAAAUCCACAAUCAGAACAAGGAAUCAAUGAGUUCCAAACUGAGAUUCAAAUGUUGUCUAAACUCAGACACAGGCACUUGGUGUCUUUAAUUGGAUAUUGUGAUGAGAAUGAUGAGAUGAUUUUGGUUUAUGAGUACAUGCCUAAUGGUCACUUUAGAGACCAUCUUUAUGGAAAGAACAUGCCUGCCAUGUCCUGGAAGCAAAGAUUAGAUAUCUGCAUUGGCGCGGCGCGUGGUCUUCAUUACCUUCACACUGGAACUGCACAAGGAAUCAUCCACCGCGACGUGAAGACCACAAACAUUCUCCUUGAUGAGAAUUUCACAGCCAAAGUUUCUGACUUUGGGCUUUCAAAGGAUGCACCAAUGGGGCAGGGUCAUGUGAGCACUGCAGUGAAAGGUAGCUUUGGUUAUCUUGACCCUGAGUACUUCAGGAGGCAGCAAUUGACUGAGAAAUCAGAUGUGUACUCAUUUGGAGUGGUGCUGUUAGAAGCUUUAUGUGCAAGGCCAGCAAUUAACCCUCAGCUUCCAAGAGAGCAAGUGAACUUGGCUGAUUGGGCUAUGCAGUGGAAGAGAAAAGGGCUUCUUGACAAAAUCAUUGACCCUCUUCUUGUUGGUUCCAUUAACCCUGAAUCCAUGAAGAAGUUUGCUGAGGCUGCUGAGAAGUGUUUGGCUGAUCAUGGUGUUGAUAGGCCUCCAAUGGGGGAUGUUCUGUGGAACUUGGAGUAUGCAUUGCAGCUUCAAGAGGCUUUCACACAAGGUAAAGCUGAAGAUGAGAUCAAAUCCUCUGCAGCUUUUCCUACUUCACCUGUUCCUACUCCUACCACACCUUCUGAUGAACAUCCACUUCCACCUGCUUCACCUUCUCCUGCUCCUGCUCCUGCUGUUGUUCCUGAAGUGAAUAAUAACAAUGCUGCUCCAGCUCAAGUUCAUGCUAUUGAUGACCAUUCUGGAACUGCAAUGUUUGCACAGUUCAACAACCUUAAUGGAAGGUAAAAGCUAUGAAUUGGUGGAACUUUCACCUGAACUGAUAUAAAUUUGAUCAUGAGGAGGGGGUGUUAUAGUUGGUUUCUGAAGGUUUGUGGCAAAAAAAUUCCUGUAUUAUGAUGUGUGAUGUUUCUCUACUAGGUACUCUUGCUAUCCUGAGUCUGUCUUUCUAUAUUGUGUGUGGCAUAAUAUUUUUCAUGGUAGCAAACUUUUGUAUAAGAUAUGUACUGAGAUUAACGUGCUGGGUGUGUAAGCAUAUGUGCAUUCAGUACUAUUAAUCAUAUGAUGUUAUUUAAUUGGUUUGUAGUA